ACACGAUAUGUAAUUAUAUUAACUACAUAUUAAUUGGCAUCAAAGAACCUUAUGAAAUGCUCCGGUGUCGCUGAUGUAAGCAAUAUGUGGAAAUGACGUCAACCCACCCUGUGAUUCACCUUAUUUAGCCUUAGCUUGUAGCUUUGAGCGGUCAUUUUUACCGGCUCGCACGCAACGUGAGGAAGUCAGCGGGUUGUGGGACCCUCGAUAAGACACGAAUCUCGUCCAUAACAGAUAUAAUGGGAGACGUAAACAAAGGAAAGAAGGUUUUCGUUCAGAAGUGUGCGCAGUGCCACACGCUUGAUGAAGGAGGAAAGCACAAAGUCGGGCCCAACCUUUGGGGUCUCUUCGGUCGCAAGACGGGGCAGGCUGAAGGUUACUCCUACACGGAUGCCAACAAAGCGAAAGGUAUUACCUGGGACGAGAAGACCCUCAAUAUCUACUUGGAAAACCCCAAGAAAUACAUUCCUGGUACCAAGAUGAUCUUUGCUGGCAUCAAGAAGAAGGGUGAACGCGCUGAUCUUAUAGCAUACAUGAAGAGUGCCACUUCAUAGACUCUUGUUGCAUUUCUUUUUUUUUAUUGCCAGUUCUACCAUCAUGUCGUGUCUUAUUUGUCUUGUUUUUCUCUUGUUUCCUGUCGGGAGGAUCACAUCGCUCUUAAACAACCACGUUUAAGCCUUAGUAGGUCUUCAAUAGUUACCUUUAUUUUUUUCCUUAUUUACACGAGUCUCACUUGCCAACAGCUGAUGUUUUCGCAGUGAUCAGGUCAUUGUUCAUCAUGUGACUCCAGUUCAUUCUUUCGCCUUGAAUGAGUUAAGUAUAUCCCCUGGUUUAACAGGUGCUGUUAUGAUAAGUUAUUGAACAAUGUCUCACAACAUGCCUUGUAAAUCUGGAUCAAACGACUGUAUAAGAAUCAUUACUGUUCUCUUUCUCUGGUCUUAAUUUGUCAUUUGAACUUGUCUUAUUUAUGAGGUGUUUUUGGGUAGAACCAAAUAGUUAUUGAAUUAUGUAUUCUGUCCUGCCCAAGGAAUGUAAAUGUCAACGUUUCCUUGUGCUGAUAAUGUCAGUCUUAUUCAUCAGCAUGAAAUAAACAAUUUUAUCAUAAAUUAA